AUGAUGUUGAUACCGGGGCCGAGCUCAGACAGAAACUUCGCUGCUGCCUCGGGCGACUCGUGCGACCGCAAGGCGGACGAGCCAGGCCCGUGGAACGCGAUGUGGCGGCCGGACCCGAAGCGGCCAGGCAAGCCCACGCGCGAGGGCGUCGGCCGGCGCUGCUACUCGUGGCGCGUGUACCGCCAGCAGCUGCAGACCCUCCGCGCAAAGUACGGCGUGCGGACGGUGCUGCUCGCCACCGACGACCACACCGGCGAGGUCGUGCGCGCGCUGCAGGGCGAGCGCGACUUCAACUGGGUCUACUACCCGCGGCAGCAGUUCCGCAAGCGCGCGUGGAUGGAGUUCCGGUCCGACCUCGACGAGAACGCGCCCUUCUCGCUCGCGGCGGAGCUCGAGCUCCUCUCGACCGCCGACCUCUUCGUCGGCAGCAUGGGCUCGCACACGUCCCGCUCCGUCUACAUGCGGAUGGUCUCCUCCUCGCGCACCUCCCAGCUACCGCCCUUCAUCUCGGUCGACGGGUACGGACUCUGCUGCGACUUCACCGAGGAGUGCACGCGCGAGCAGGUUCGCGGCCGCGCCCGGCCGGUGCGCGAGUGCAUCUACCGGUUCGGCGCGGUGACGGGCGGGGAGCAGUGGAUGUACCACCGGGGGUGA